AUGGCGGAAGUGCUGAACGAUUUCCCUGAGCUAACGAUGACUAUCAACGACCGCGAGGUGCCUAUCAUGAAGCGUACGACACUGGUGGCAAACACCAGCAACAUGCCUGUAGCUGCUCGCGAGGCUUCGAUCUACACUGGUAUUACACUUGCCGAGUACUUUCGUGAUCAGGGCAUGAAUGUGUCGAUGAUGGCUGACUCGACGAGUCGUUGGGCCGAGGCACUGCGUGAAAUCUCGGGUCGUCUGGGAGAAAUGCCUGCUGACAGCGGAUACCCAGCCUAUCUGGGUGCCCGUCUGGCUGCGUUUUACGAACGCGCCGGUCGAGUGGCGUGUCUGGGUAGUCCCACGCGUGAGGGUAGUGUCACUGUCGUGGGUGCCGUAUCGCCUCCUGGUGGUGACUUCUCUGACCCUGUGACAGCGGCUACUUUGAGUAUCGUGCAGGUUUUCUGGGGCCUGGACAAGAAGCUGGCUCAGCGCAAGCAUUUCCCAUCCGUGAACUGGCUCAUCAGUUACACAAAGUACAUGCGUGUGCUUGAGCCGUUUUUCAACAAGAUUGACCCUGAGUACUCUUCGUUGCGUACAAAGUGCCAGGAGAUCUUGCAGAAGGAAGACAACUUGACGGAAAUCGUGCAGCUGGUCGGCAAAGAGUCGCUAUCGGAAGAUCAGAAGGUGAUUAUGGAGGUGGCUAAGAUCAUUCGGGAGGAUUACCUGCAGCAGAACGCUUUUUCGGACUACGACUAUACAUGCCCGUUGGUGAAGAGUGUGGGCAUGCUGCGAUCGAUCAUUUUGUUCUACAACUUGAGUCAGAAGACGAUUGCCGACUCGCCACCUGAUGCCAAGGUGACGUGGGCCCAGAUCAAGACGUCAAUGAACCCCGUGCUGCAAAAGAUCAUCCAGACCAAGUUUCAGCUGCCCAAGCAGCCAGAAGCCGAGCUCAAGGCGUUUUUCCGCGGUCUGGACGAGGAGGUCGAGCAAGCUUUUCAAACGCUGUCGGACUAG